AUGAAUGACGUCACCACAACUGCUACUUUUUGCAUCAUAAAUCUACGCAACGCUACGAAGGCGCGCGGGGGUGCGCGGGGGGCAAGCGUGCCCGCCCCCCAGCCGGGCCCCGCGGUCGCGCUCAGUGCGUCGUGGGCUGCGGGCUGCGCGGUCGCUUUUACGCAGCCCGCCAUCGCGAUUUCCGAGUGCAGUGCAAAUGCUUGUGUUUUUAUGGCGUUCUUAUUACUACGACUGUUGGUGGCGGGUGUGAUUGCGGUAGCGGCCGAGGAUGUACACAAUAUAACAUGGAGCGCACCGCCGCGCGCGUCGCUGGCUUGCGAUGCGCACUCGCUUCUCCGUGGACCCCCGCCGCCAUUAUUGGCCGAUGAGGGGGGUGACACCAAACAUGUCCCUGGCAACUCCACCAAAGCCCCGGCUUUGUGGAGGAGAGGAAACGACAAUUUUGAGUUGAACAACAAACGGGUUGACACAAACGGUAUACUGGAGGUGCGCCGACAGAAUGGCAGCGAGGGCGUGUACCAGUGCGCCAUCCGCCACCAGGGCGGGUUGCUUCUCGGCUAUCCUGUGCAUCUCAAGUUUGCAAACAUGGACAAGAAGAUAUACAUAACCAUAAACAACGGAUCAGAGACGGACCAUCGACAACCGGUGCUGCUGUCCUGCCACGUCCGAUCCAGGCCGCCAGCAUUGAUGCACUGGUGGAAGGAUGACCAACCUAUAGAGAACAAUGAAAGAUACACAAUCUUAGGCAAUGACCUGAUUAUAAAUGAUGCCACGGAUGCUGAAGGCACAUAUAGAUGUAUAGCAGAAAAUAUUGUUCUUCAUAAAAACAGAACAGCGUCGAUAUGGCUGAACGCUGGUGACUACGAAUGUCCAUCAGAAUCAGAAGUGUCUGCACUCACCAAUCAGGAGCAGAUUCUGGUGGCUCCAGGAGGCAAGGCCACCCUCGUGUGCCCAGUCGUUGGCUGUCUUAGACCUCAGGUGACUUGGCACAAGGAAACCCGUGGAGUGGCAUCCAAACUGGCGUCGUCGCAGCUCUACGGGAUUUGGAAUAUGGAUGAGGCGAAAGCGGGCGUCUAUUGGUGCACAGUGAGCUACAAUUACGGGAAGCCAAUUAAGCAGAAGAUGUUCAACGUAACGAUAUCAGAACCAGUGGCCAUCGUGUUGCCACCUGUCUCCAAGGAGGUCAUCAGGGCGUUGACAGUUAGAUUUAACUGCACCGCCACGGGCUAUCCCAGGCCUGAAGUCACGUGGUUUAAGGACGGGAAGCCCCUGCUUUUGGGGGAACGGUAUAACAUAAGAAAAACUGGUUACCGUCAAGAGCUGGUUGUCGGAGCUGUGACCUCAGACGAUGCUGGUAUCUACCAGUGCUUUGCCGACAACGGCCUGACCAGGGCCACGGCGUGGGCCAUCCUGCGGGUCACUGGCGAGAGUGCCGCGAUACCUAGGGCCGUGGGAUGUUGGCCCAACGGCCCUAACAGUGUGCUGUUCAAGUGGAGGCUACCUGAUAAAUACACUGUCAUCGCGUACACUGUUCAGACUUCCAUUGCAGGUGACUACUUCCCUGGAGACAAAGGUUCAAACAACGGACUAAAUAAUGGGGAACCCACAAAUAAUACAUCGAAGUAUAUCACAGUACCCAAGGCGCUGUACCCUUACAUUUUCCAGGUUCGCGCGUAUUUAAAGUUCAAGAACUCUGGUGGAGCCAGCGAUUUCUCCAAGGGAGUUGUUUGUCAGGGACAGGGCGUCCCAGUGCAGUUUGAAGUAUCCAACGACAGCGUAACGGUCUCCUGGGAAGAGUUCGCCAGCCAGAACCCAGGCAUAGUCCAGUGGAUUCUUCAGACCAGAAGAGACAGCUCUGAACAGAACUACACUUUGAACGGCAGUGUUACCAACUACACUGUACCUGGUUCGUCAUCAGGGCUACAAGUGAGAGUGUUGGGGUCCCGCUUCGAGCAGUGGCUGCCUCAGAACUGGACGCUGGUGCCUUGGAGCACCGUCGUGGUUACCGGAAAAGAAGUAGUUGUUCCUGAGGACUUGAAGGUGACCAAGCUGGGUUCCUACGAGCUGGCGUUGAGCUGGCGGUGUGAUGCGCCCGCCUGUAGACAGGGGUACUCCGUGUGCUACAGGAGCGAUGACCGGGACAAGUGCUUGUCUACUAACUCGGAAUCGGUCACCCUAAGCAACUUGACACCAGACACAGACUAUGAAAUAAGAGUUCGCGUUAACUCGAUGGGCGGCCAGGUUGAGUCGUUCUCUCUGCCAGUGCAAGUCACCACGCAACCUCUUGAGCCUCGAGAGCCGUAUACCCUCGUCCAAUACGAGUAUGCACCAGACAGCAUCAAAAUCUUCUGGAACGGAACCGGGCCCCGCCUGGUGCGGUACUCGCAGAACAUCACACAACCCGUGGAGCAGUGGACCAGCUAUUCUGUCACUGACAACUUUAUUGAGUUGACAAAACUGCAUCCUUCCCUGAUGACCUAUGUGAUGGUGAUGAGUCCAGGGCACGGGGAGAAGAACCAGCCCGUUCUAACUGUACCCCCAAGAGGAGCAUCAAAGGGAACUACGUCUUACUAUUUGACCGAUAAACAAGGAAACUGUUCAAGUUACGGUACUAACGUUGUGUUGGAUGUCCCGCCUCACAACACUACUUCGGGAAUAACCUCGAGUAAAUCCUACCACUAUUUGAGUAUCGGCCUGCCUGUAGGCAUGUGCGUCCUGUGUUUGCUUGUAUUGUCAGCUGUUUGUGUCUGGAGGCGGAAAAAGGCCGCCCGAUCACCCAACAGGUCCCGGCGACGUAACGUGUCUACAAACGAAGGAGAUGAGGAAGAAGCGUCGGAAAUGAAGAGGGUGGACGGCGGGCUGGUCAACGGUGGUGACUCCAAGGAGGGUGAGACAGGGGAACCGUUACUCAACGGCCACGUCCACAUCACUGAGAAUCCGCAAUCCAAAACACCGAACGGGAAAAUGAGGAAAGGUCGCCUGUACCUCGACACCCUCGACUUGACCCGCCACGCGGAUCAAGAUGCCACCCUGGAGACGGUGCUCGAUGACUCCUCCACUACGACCUACAACCUCUUGGACACUUCCCGAAGACCAGAACUAGACCUUUCACGGGCCUCCAUCAGCGCCAACAACUCUUUCAACAAGCUCCCUGAUGAUAAUAUGAAUUCAGAACUUACCCGAAGCACAGAUUUUGAAAUCGACAACAGCAAAAUUCAGCCCAUGCUGCAACCGAACGGUUGAGAUUUUAUUUCGACAUGUCUCCUUAAUACUACACUAGGGGUAGGCGGCCUCUGGAGCGGCGUAAUGCGCGCGUCAAUUCGGGUGUUGUAGUCGAUGCAAUGCCACAAAGAUAUAUGUACGUUUGCGUGACAGUAGCGACGCCAGCAAAUAUAUUUGUGACAUUGUAUUUAAGAAUGAGAUUUUGUACAGUUUACAUACUUAGUUGUUGUUAGACGGAGUUGAUAUGUACGACUAAAUAAGAGGAACACUAUAGUUGUGAGAUAAUGAGGCUUCAGUCAGGCUCCGAGCGAGGAUAGCGUCGCGUUUUGUUCCUAAUAUAGACUUUAUUUUAACGGAAGGCUGAUUUUCGUAUAACUACGGGUAGGUACACAAUAAUUUAAGUGAAAUCAGGUCGGAUACCACUAAUGAACUGUGAAGAUAUUCUCGCUCGGGUCCUCUCGCGUAACUCGCAAUAUGGACAUAGCAUCCCAAUUAUUGUUAAUUAAUGUAAAUAGUAAUUUUAUAUUUGUCGUUUUGGACAAAGCACGUGUAAAUAGCGUUAUUCAUUGUAUCGGCCUGAAAGUCAGCGGCAAGACAAUAACGUAGGGAAGGCGCGAAAAUUAUAACCUCAAUUUUAUUGAUGAGUGCGCUCGCCCUGACAAGACACGUGUGUAUGGGGUUAUCAGAAUCUAGAUUUUUGAAUCAUGAUUUUUUUUGCGAGAUAUUUUGUCAAAAAACUGAAAUGAAAUUUUAUUUGAAUAUUUUGUAUUUGAAAACAAAUUCAACUUUAAUUAAAUCAAUAUAAAAAAGAAUUACUUCCAUCCUUUUAUAUCAUAUUGAAAUUUAUCAUAUUCCAAUUUAAAUUCUAAAUUCUUUAUUCACCUUAGGAUGAACAUCACUUAUUGACGUCAGAAAAAAUUAAAACCCCCAUUUUAAUUUAAUGUUUCAUUUAAUAAAAUGAAAAUGUUUAAAAUCUGGUAACCCUUUUGCGUAUGUGUGUUUGUCAACUUUGAAUCCGGCGUCACCGUAAACAUCAAUACAAAAAAGUUACAAACAAUGUCACCGUUAGUGCAACAUUAUCGUACAAAAUAUAGACCAAAAUUCAAUACCCAUUCACUUAUGUAAAAAAUAUUUAUUGAUGUUGAAAUGUAUUUAUUUUUUAAAUUUUUUUUUUUUUCAUUGACAGUUCUUAGACAAAGCCUCAGAAGCUAAUAUGUUACCCUCACAAUAACAUUCCAUUCCAGAUGUAUAUGUAUAUAUAUAUAUAUAAAUAUAAUAUGUAUCUUUAAAUCACAUUUAAUUCUACGUACCUUAUCUUUUGAUUACAACGCACAGUUAUUUUAUAUAUCCCUGUUAUAUUUUAGCAGCGAUUUUUUACAUAAAAUGGGACGCUGUUUCUAGUUAGAUACAUAAAAACCCAAGAGAAAAAGUAAAUAUUGUAAAGUAAGUUGUAAAAAUAAUUUAAAAAAAUAUAAAAAUAAUUUAUUACAACGAAAUACUGAUAUUAACAAGAUAACAAGAAAUAGUUUAUAACACAAGUUAUCGUUACAAAAAGUUAAUUAGUAACUUUAAAAAUUAAUAGUAAGUUAAUAGUAUAACCUAGUUGAUCGUGGCCCCUAGCUUCUGUUGAUCAGUUUGAUUUGUCUCCCAUUUUUAUUAUGACAUUUAUAUGAAGAAUUUGCGCCCAUAAAUUACAAUAUUUACAAAAACCCAACAAUUUAAAAAUAUUCUUCUCACUAUAAAGAAACUAAAAUUAUUUCUGUAAUUAACAAGUAAGAACUGAAGUUAUCCAGUGUUUUUUUUUUUUUAACUUUAGUUAAGUAUUACUUAUUUUACAGAUAUAAUUUUUAUGGAUUGUUUUUAAGUUUUCAAAAGAAUAUUUUAAUAGCGGGCGCGUUUCUGUGUUUAUGUCCUGAUUGUUUGUGUAGUACAUAACAUAAUUCCAUAUCACAAUGUACAUCUACCUCAUUUUCUUCGUUGUAAGUUUCUUUUAGAUAUUAAAGUGUUAAUGUUGAGACAAUUGAUUUUCUGUAAUUUUGCCCAUCGACCUAUUUUAUGGUUAUAUAGAUAAGUCCUGCUAAAACGGCACUUUCUGGUUAGAUAGUAACAUUUUUAUUAUUUAUUUUUUUAGGACACUAAGUAUUGAUUUAUUCCCUGGUAUUUUUUUUUUGUUAAAUAUCGUUAAAACCACUGAUUUUAAAACUACCUCUCGGACAUAAGACCGACAUUUUUUUUUUUUACUUUUUUUUUUGCUGCAUUUAGUAGUUAAGAUAUAUGUCUUUUUCACGUAUUGUAAUCUUUAUUUAUUUACUGAAUUGAUCUGUCAAUCCGCUUGUAGCAAGUCGAAACAAUAUUGAAUUAUUUGACAAGUUCUAGUUAAACAAAUGUUAGAUAAAUGUAAUAAAAUCUAAACUCCGCAUGGAUCCAAUGAAGUUGAUAUUACAAAUCAUGUAAUAUAUAUAGUUAAGUAUAUAUAUAUAUAUAUUACUUGAGAUACAUUUAAAAUAAGUAAUUGCACCUAGGUACAAUUAAUAGAGUUAAGUUCCGAUCACGCUGAUUUGUUUUAAAAAGUCGAUAACAUUAUUGAAAAUAAACAAUAUAAUGAUAUAAUAUUUUACAAAUUUGUUUUUACCAUUUAAGAAAUAAACUAAAAUGAUAGGCAAUUUGGCUGUCAAAAACAAUCAAAUGAUUUAUUUCAGUGUAAUGUCUCAUAAUACAAAAUACACAUCUGCAUCGAUUACUUGACUUUUUAAAACAAAAGUUGUAACUGUAAAUAUUAAUAUACGUAAAAACGAAAACAUACACUCAGUUUAAAUUUAAAAUUAAAAAUAAAUUCACGCCGACUAAGUACCUGAAACUUCAAUUACACUAAGUUAAUUAGACUUAGGCGUAUAGUUAGGUCUUUGGAAAUCUAGAAUUUUAUCUUUGACGCUAGAUUUGGACAGGGUCUACGCGGAAUAGGGUUCGAGUUUACAACUGGCACAUAAUAAGUAUUCUCUCUGAUUUUACCAUUUUCAUUCUUGCUUUGCGGGGGAAUUUCGCUGUUGUCUUCUAUAUUUUUUACAUUAAAAAUGACAAAACUCAUCCAAAUAGUGUUAUAUUGCACUCUAUUGUCAUCUUUAAAUUAACUUUUUGUUAUUUAGUUUCUUCCGGUUUUAUGUAUUUUUUUUUUUUAUUUUUGUUACUUGUAAUAAUUAAUUUAGUAACGACACUUUAACAUCAACUUGUAUUAUGUUCAUGCAUUAUAUUCAGGAAUUUUAAAAUAGAAAGAGAAAAUAUAUAGUAAUAAAUUAAAUUACAAUAGCAAAAUACAAAUAAAUUUAUGUUCAAAAUACCGUAGUUACGAAGCAAUAUGUAUAUUACAAGUUGGUUAUCCAUUUAACAUAAGUUGUUUCAAUAAGCAAACCUUGAAAUACAAUGUUCACUCGAGGUUGUGUUAAUAUUUAUUUUGUGGAUUUUAAAUGUAUCUGGUAAAUUUUAACAAAAAAAAAAAAAGAAAUAUAUUGUUGAUUUUUUUUUUUCAUUUUUACCUUAUUGUGGGGCGUCUGACUAGAAUUAUAUAAAAAAAAAACUAAUAACUUUAUAAUAAACCACAUAGUUACAAAAGACAAUAGAGCGUAAUAUUAGAGUGUAGGCACUUAAUUAGUUCCUUAUUUUUCAUAGAUAAUAAUGGAUUGCGCUAAUUUUCGUUUAUAUGUUUCUAGCCAGACUUUGCUGAACCAUAUUGUUGAACGACAUCGCAAUAACUGCUACCUGAAAAAAUGUACAACGUUUACCUUACUAUUUCUAAUGUAUAUUAUAUUCAGUAAUGUACAUACAAUGUAUUUUUGAAAAUUAAUUAGCUUUCACAUAAUUUUAUUAUCACAGUUACAGAUAGAUAUGACGUAGUUUUUGUAAUUUACACGCUGUUAAUAUAUAUAUUUUUUUUUGUGAUUAUGCCAUGAACCUUGACACUCAAAUCGUCGAUUAUUAUAGGUAAUACUGAGAUUUUAUUUAAACUUAAUACUUGUAACAUCAGAUAGUUAUCACUUAGCAAUAAUACAUAAUUUUAUGAUUUAAAAAAAAUGGACGUCGGACUAACUAAAUAAUAUACAAAAGGAAAACAAAACAUUUCAACAAUUAUUAAGCACCUAAUUUAAUAUUUGUACUUCUUGGUUGCUUGUCCGUCCUUGGGGUAAAAAGUGAAGCCUGAUAUCGUGCCUCUCAUAAUCGUGUAUUUUUUUCUCAGUAUUUGUUAUACAAAUCUUUAUAAUAGAGUAAAUAAUAAUUCUGGAUACAUGCCACACUCUUUAAAUUGACUAGUUAUGUUUUAAUUUUAUGUGAAAUGAUGUUUUUUUGUUUUUGCUUUAUAAAUGGUCGGGAAGAAUUUUCCUUGCGAACGUUGAAGACGGAAUUAUUACGUUAAAUAAUAAUACUUUUAUAUUGUUAGAUUAUAUAUAUAUAAAUAUAAUAUCUAACUAUGUCAAUAUUAUUUAACCCACAGAAGAAAAAAAUGAAAUUAAUGAUUUUCCUAGAUCUGAGUCAUCAAUUUUCAAUAGUAAGAAGGCGAAACCAUUCCGUAUUUCAUUUGUUCCAUAGUUAUCACACAUUCCGUAACAGGCUGCAAUAGUAUAAAUACACACAAACCGAACAGAUUUUACAUACAUAUUAUUUAUUUUUAUAUUAAGUUAUUCAACCAUAUACCACCACAUUCACUUCACUUUCACGAUAUUCACUUCUCCUUAGCAUAGUAGUUAACAAUUGGAAUCUGAUUUUACUGUUAUAUCAAUUACAUAUUUUUUAUUGUUGGUAUUAAACUUACCUGUGCAUGUCAAAACUUCAUGUUACAAGUCUUUUAAAUUUAAUACACAAACUUUAAUACUUAUAGAAUACUUGAUGCUGACCGCGCCUCCUUUCGCGGCUAAACAUGGCUUAUGUCAUUCUCCAGGUUUUCAACUAUCUCCACACCGAAUAUCACCACAAUCCAAUGCUCAAUUUGAACAUGAAAGAAGGUACAUACACACUUUAAUAUAACAUCUAUCGUUUUUAAAUAUUUAUUUCAAGACAAAAUCCUGAAAAAAACAAAGUAACAGUCACACAUAUCGAUGGUUGGACGUAUAUACUGCUUUCAAACUAUAAAAUCAAAAUCAUUUAUAUUGGAAGUCGGUCAAAGUAACAAUGUAGGUACAUAGUUUCUGUUUAUAAAAAGAUAAAAAUAUUUUUUUUAUAGUAACAUAUGUUUUCAAAAUCUUCAGCGUUUUCAAUAAUCAGAGCGGGCACUUUUUCAUGUCAUAUUUUAAAUAAUAUAUUUCAUCUCAGUAAACCUCAGUACCUCAGUGGAAACCUUUAGUUUUGAUUUAACCAGCAAAAUAAAAUGAUACGUAUAUUUGUUGAUUAUUGAUUGAUUUCUGUACAAAAAUCCCUCAGUUCUCGUGAUAUGUCAUGCUUAGUAUUCCUUUAAGAAAAUGGCUUAUAUAUUUUUAUUCCUAAGGUACCGACUUGUGUGGUGAUCUAGUAUGUACUUAGUGUAAAGCGUCCAGGUAAUCUAGUAAUUUCUGCUGAAGUUUUUUACAAGUUUGUUUGACUUUGCUUACAAAUUUUAUUUGUUGUUUACAAUAUACUAUAGAGCGAUAUGGGUUGUGCUAUUGGUUCAUUGAAACGGUUAUUGAUAUUCUAGAUAUUAAAUCUCCAUUGCACACAUUAUAAUAAUUGGAUAAAAAGUUGUCUUAUUUUAUUCUGAAUAAUUUAUCUCAGUGGACAAAGUUGAUAUUUUUUUUUGUAAUAUAAUUUCUUAUUGCUAAUGAAUUAUAAUAUAACUCAAAAACCAUUGAAUAUUUUUAUUUUGUGAUAAUAAAGCAUUUUUGUUUUAAAUAUAAAUCAUACUCUUAUUGCAAAAUCCAGUAAGUGUCAGCUCUUAAUUUUAAAUGUAUCUAAAUAAUUUUUUGAAUAUAUGAUAUAUUUAUUUUUUUACACGAAAUAAUCGUAGCAUGCAGCCAAUAGCAAGAGUAGGGUAAGUUAAGAACUUGUUGUAUAAAUUAAUAUAAACAUUUUAACGACCAUUUUGGUGGCUCAACUUCGGAUGUAAGGUUACUAUUAUAGCCACAACCUUAAAUGAAAUAAUUUGUGUAUUACCAUCCGCAAAAUUGGCAUAUUUUGACACUUUAUAAAAUGUUGGCAGAUCGGUAAAAUUAUUUAGAAUUAAACAUUACAGAAUAACUAAUCCAUAAUGAAAAUAUUAUAUAAAAUAGCUGUUUCAGAAUGAAAUUAUAAUUAUGUUAAAUUAUGUCAGUCUCGCGGCAUUUAUUGUAAGUGACAGUUUGGAUAUAUUGUGGGGGCGUGCUAAUUUGUUGACAGAUAAUUUUAAAUAAUGUCAAUAACACUAAUUAUUUUCGUAUCAACGAUUGAUCUAAGAGAAAUUAUUUUUUGCACACACGAAUAUAUCGUGUAUUUACAGUUAUUUUAUUAUCUUUAAACUUCAAUUAAUUGAAAUGAUGAAGGUUAAUGUCUUAUGGAUUUUUGAAGAUAUUUUAUUAUAAUUUUAAGUAAUUCAUUUGAGUUUUACAGAAUUAUUGUAAAUUAUCGUGCCCCCACAAGUUAGUUUAUAAAAUUAAUUGAAUCUACCUCAACCAAAUUACCCAUUAAUGUUGUUUGUAAGUGUUCUUUUGAGUCUUAUUACUAAUACUGGACUAGUGUUUUGAUAAUAAACUUAUUAAGUAUUAGUUCCAGCUCCCUUUUGAUAUGGUAAUUAUUGUUACCAAAAAUAUUGAAUGCGGUCAACUGAGUUGAUAAUGUACGGUAUGGUCAUGAUCGAAAGAUAUUAAAUUUGAAAAUGAA